AUGAACGACCUCUACAACUGCGCAAUGUAUCUUCACCGAGAGUUGAGUCGGCACAACGUACCCUACUACUUCCUUGGAGGAUUUGCGUGUAUCAAUGUCGCUAUGACUGCACGUACGACAGCUGACAUCGAUAUUGCCGUCCCCAACGGCCAGAAUGGUUAUGGUGUUCUUCUCAACAUCCUGCAGCGCGCACCUUUUGUUCAGGAUACAGAGGGUUUUAUAUCUCAGGAUUCAUACUAUUUCUUUGUUGAAUCGUCAGGCCGCUUUGUCGAAGUUGAUGGCGUUCUGGCGGGGUUCAUGGCCUUCCCAAAAAUUGAACAGGCCGGAACCAUCCAGCUACAGCAUUUGCAACUGAAUUUUCUUAAUCCAGUGGGUCUGCUAAAGUUGAAGCUUAGCAGCUGGGCAAACAAGUCACGCCGUAGUGGUUUGAAAAGGGAUGGUGAUAUCAUUGACAUCAAUUCCAUUCGAAACUUAUUGAUCCAGAACGGGGAGAAGAUGUCUUUGAAGGGCUUGGAGGGCGAUGCCGCCAAUGGUCUGUGGGAUUGGAUACAGGAAUUUGAAGAUCUCAAGACAUGGCAACUCCUAGAUUCAUCCUACAAGGGUCGCUAA